GUUAUUGAAUACUCAAUCUCCUUUACAUUUACGCCGUGAUAAUCGUUUAGAUAAUGUAACGUACCACCUUUAAAAGCAGUCUCCGAAAGUUUGACCGAGUCAGAAAGUCUCGUAUCGCGCACGAAAUAAGAUACGCAUUGGAAAAGCUAUAAUCGGAGGAACUUUAGAGAAGACGUCAUUGUCGAACGUACUUAAAAAGUCAGCUUAUCAUGUCAAAGACUAAAGAUCUUAGCAAAUUUUCGGCUGAAAAAUUGCAGGAAUUUUUAACCUCUUUCGACACAGUUCUAUCCGACAUCGACGGAGUCGUGUGGCAACUUAGUCAUCUUAUCGAAGGCGCUUUUGAAUCUUUAGCGAUAUUGCAAAAAUUGGGAAAGAAGAUAUAUUUGGUAACGAAUAAUACCGAGAAUGCGGAUCAAACUUAUUGCGAUAGAGCUCGAUGUGGUAGCUUAUAUUUGAAUCCAGACCAUGUGAUUAAUAUCAUUAAAGUGAUUAUCUGGUAUUUGAAUAAGAUUGAUUUUCACGACAAAGUUCUCGCUAUCGUUUCGAAUGAAUCGCAGAAAGCUUUGAAACAAGCGGGAAUACAAAUAGAAGAGGAACCAAAAGUUUACGAUAAAAAAAUAGCUGCGACUGUAAAGGACGUCUUGGACCGACCAUCCGUUAAAGCUGUAAUUUAUGAUUUUGAUAGUAAGUGCAAUUGGUCAAAAUUGGCUUUAGCCAUAUCAUGCCUCCAACGUAAGGACGUAUUGUACAUAGCAGGGACAGUGGAAAACUGGAUACAUGUAGAAUCAGUACCUUCCAAAAAAAGGAUCUUGGGUCCUGGACCGUUGGUGCACCUUAUCAGCGCACAAAGCGGAAGAAAGCCGAUUCUAUGUGGCAAACCUAGCCAAACUUUAAAAGAUUACAUUUUAGAUACAUGCAACGUGACCGAUCCACAAAGAUGUUUGUUCAUUGGUGACACGGUUGAUCAAGAUAUGAGGUUUGCCUCCAUGUGUGGAUUUAAGAAGCUCCUCGUCGGUACGGGAGGUGAUUCUCUGGAAACAGCGCAAAAAGACAUUGACACUUAUCCUGAUUACUAUAUUCCUGCUUUGAGCCAACUAUUUUCCACACACAAGGAUUUACAACUUUUACGUUCUGUCAAUUACGAAGACAAUUAAUCACAUAUCCUUAAAUAGGAAAAUAAUUAAUAAUAAAUUAAUCUUAUUAAGGCAAAAUCAAUCAGUAGCAAUCCAUUCACAAAGAAUUAUUAUAAAGAAUAGAUAAUUAUAUCUUAAGUCGAAUUUUGAAAGAAAUAAUUAUGCAUCCUGUAGCAAUAUACGAUAAUUAUGUAUAUAUUA